CGAAAGAAUGCGCACCUUGUUGAAGAUCAAACACAACUGAAACUCUAGGUAGGGUUAACAGAUUUUCGAAGAUCGUUUUAAGCUUCAAGGCGAAUUGGUUUUGUUUUUUGGACGCAGAUUUGGAUUUGGUUGUAUAUCGCGCGUGCGCCUGACAGACCCCGAAAUUAUUCGAAGUAUCACGAAAUAGGACAAAAAGAAACAUUCACCAGGUUGAGUCAGAUUUUCUUAGACGGUUUUCAGACAAAUAAAUUUCUCUAUCUACUUCAGUCUUGUAGUGCUAUUUGGAAUCUCCAGUUGUAUUUUUCGGACAAAAUGGGACGCACUCCUGGUGUUCAAAACAACGGAAAAAAAAAGCGACUCCCUUACAACGCUUACGUCGCGAAAGCAAGACAGGAACGCUUUCAUGAUGUCAAAAAGCAGCAGGCAAAAUGGAGACGCCAAAAACAGCACGUUUACGAUGAAGUUGGUGUCGGAAGCAAGGAUAGCGCUGCCACCUUUUCAAGAAACGACGAGGGGAGUGUCGCCGAUGACGAUGAAGAUGUAGAAGAAGCUUGUGCACCAGAAGAAGGGCAAGUAGAUAAUGCAUUUGAAGACAACCUUGCAUUUCCAAAAAGGGCAGCAGCAUCGUCUUCAAGCACCAGCAGCAGCACUUCGUCUAAGAAAUCGAUCGACGAUGCGGAUGCAACAACUACUGUGCGACAUAAAGCGGCCGUGGUGAUCGAAGGAGAAAACGUACUAGAUGAAGAUGAAAAGGCCGGCGCAUACGGCGUUAGCAGCAGUUGGUGGACUGACUAUUCAUCAAAGAAAAAGUGGCGAAAAAAUUGGUCUUCAGAAGAGCAAAACAAAAACAAAAGGGAAGAUCCAGCCGACGGGGAGGACGAAGAUGAUGAUCGCGACGGUUCUCGCGGCAACAAGAACAAAAACAGAAAUCGCGAAGUUGUAAAAGGAGACAAGAAGAAGAGCAAAGGCCAAACGCAGAAGUUGCAGAAUACGCGAUACGGCAAGGCACAACGACAGUUAGAAGAGCAAGAGAGGGAAAAACAGCGCUUGAAAGAUGAAAAGGAUCAAUUGGAAAGAGAAGUAGCGCGAAAGAAAAAAGACACAAAAAACCGACGAAUUCAGAAGCACCAUAUUCGAGACAGUGGCCGCAACAACAAAGGCCAACCGCGCAUGAGCAAUAUGCUAAAAUCCUUAAUGCUUGCAAAAGGUCACACCCUGUGAGCAACAUCUUGAUGCUGAUCCCCCGAACCCCUUUAUGUAUUUCAAAGUAUCAUCAAGUACUACCCCUUCUAGUGCACUUCAUUUUAUUAUGUACCUUGCUAUUAAGCAUGGAUGUCUCACUUUCCCGAUUCCGAUUUUGAUGUUCUUUUCUCUGUCCCGGUCCUGCUGUCCAAUGGAUUCGACUUGACUUUUACAACCACCUCUUGCCACGGUCGUCCUGCUCCAAAGCAGGACUGCACGCCACGAAUACAGCCUGCUCUCCUUCGGUCCAAGAAUAAAAAUGUCCCUGAU